AUGUCUCUAAGUGAAUUGCCUGAUAUUGCUUUGAUAAAAAUUUUUCGUACACUUGAUCAUAUUGAAUUAGUUCGUCUUUAUCAUAGUUUUCAUACAUCAAAACGUAUACAAAAUUUAAUACAUAAUUCUUCAUGUUUAUGGAUACAUAUUCAUAUAAAAUCAACUGUUGAUUAUCAUUUAUUUAAUUAUUUUUCUCGUUUAUUAAUAUCAAAUGCAUUAACAAUUCGUCAAUUAAUAAUCAAUGAACUUGAUUUAACAUGUAGAAAAAUUCUUUAUGAUAAUGGUUUUUCUUUAAAAAAAUUUUCUAAUCUUGAACAAUUAAUUAUACAUGAUGAAUAUAUAUGUCAUACAUUACAAUCAUUAAAUUUUUGUUCAUUAACAUUAAAAAUUUUACGUUUAACAAAUAAUCAUAUAAAUUUACAUCAUAUAAAUAAUUUAAAUCAAUUAAAUACAUUACAAUUAGCAUUUUAUUCAAUAGAUAUUCUUCAUAAUAAAUUUGAAAAAUUAAUAAAUUUACAUUUAAAAAUAAUGUUUGAUUAUGAUCAUAAUUCUCAUGAAAUAUUUUCUCGACUACCUAAUAAAUAUUUACAAAUUUUAACAUUAAAAUUUCUUUUAUUAAAUAAUGAUUAUAGUUUUAUAAAUGAAUUUGAUCAAUAUUUACAUUCAUGUUCACAUCUUCAUACACUUGAAUUAUCAUAUUUACAUGGUAUGUGUCCAUUAAAUUUAUAUACAAAUAUAAAUUAUUUAAAAUAUCAACGAAUUAUACUUAUUAAUAUAUGUCAAUUAAAACAAAUGAAAAUUUUUAUUGAAUUUAAUCAAAUUGAUUUACCAUUAGAAUAUUUACAAUUAAAUUCAACAUUAAAUAUAAAUCAAUAUUCAUCUUAUAUACAAAAUGAAUAUUGGUAUAGACGUCAAAUAAUUUCUAUUGAUUAUAUACAAUGUGUAACAACAUCAAUAGAACUUUUAAAUGAUUUAAAUAUAAUUUGGUCAGAUAAAAAUCAAAUAACACAGUCAUUUGAAUCUUAUAUACUUCGUUCUAUUUAUAAUGUAUCUCAUUUAAUAUCUUCAUUAAAAAAUUUAUCAAUUAGUAAAUUUGAAUUAAGUCUUAAUGGUUUAAUUACACUAAUGACAAAUUUACCAUUAUUAAUUGAUUUAAUAAUAACUGAUGGAAAAAUUGAUCAAAUGGGUUCAGGAAUGUGGAAUAUAGAAAAAAUAGUAAAAGCUAUACCGAAUAUAUUACAAUCUAAUAUACAAACAAUUGUAAUGAAUAAUAUUCAAAUGUCACGUCGAACAGUUGUUCAAUUAUGUUUAAUGACUCAACAAUUAAUAUUAUUAACAAUGAAUGAUGUACGAAUAUUAGAUAAAAUGUUUAUUUCAGAACAAAAUCAAACUGAUAUUCAUCCAAGUUUUCUUGUUCUUUUAAAACAAAUUGCUCAAUAUACAGAUCAAUUUAAAUGGAAUCAUAUGAAAUCAUUGACAAUAGGAAAAAAUAUGAUUAAUCGACAAAAUCUUUUAUCAUUUAUUCCAUCAGAUAUGAAUAAUACUUAUUCAAUAAAUAUAAAUCAUUUAUGUAUUAUUAUUCAUGAUCAUACAUUAUUAACAUCUCAUGAUAUAUUUCAAAAAUCAAUAAAAAAAUUAAUAAAACUUUAUUCAAAAUUAACAUCAUUUAUUAUUGAAUUUACAAAACGAUAUGAUGGACAUUUUCGUUUAAGAAAUCAAUUACAAACAUUAUUUGAAUUAAAUACAAAUAAAAAAGUUUAUGUUUAUCCAACUAUACAUGAUCAUGCUUGUCGUUUUUGUUUUGAUACAAAUUUUAAUGAUGAAGAAGAGAAUUAUGACAAUGAUGAACAAAUUAAUUCUAGUCAAUAUAAACGAACUUUCUGUGGCAUACCAUUAUUUCAAUUUAAAAAACAACGAAAAUUAAGUGUUCUCUCAUAA